AUGAGGCUAGGCUUUAGUAAUGCAGAUAUACUCUGCUCGCCAGGGCAACAAGACUAUAAUGGAUGCGAAACUUGGACACCCGAAGGCCAGCAUGCCGGGUUUGGAGUUUUUGAAAGAGUAAGAGAGAGUACGGAAGCCCAGGAUUUUGGCGACGUACAAUCCUUCCCGGCGCCUAAAUGGAGCUCUAUUCGGACUAUUCGUCUUUUGUUCGAUGGAACCCGACUCCUCUUCGACUUUGCUCAAUUAAUCCUUAACCUAUUAUAUGAUAAUAUUACCGAUGAUUUCAUAGCCGAUAUUUCCGUCGCUGGCAUUCUCAUACUAUGGGACUUGUCGGAAAAGUUUUAUCUAAAGAGCGACAGCCCUUGCAUCAUAGUGUCCAAAACAUCCAUCUUUAUAGAGGUGGCUAUACCGGUUGGAAUAGUUGUUUUGAUGUACUUUUCUAUUUUGGAUAUAAAAGUAGAAUAUGAUCGGUCACUCGAAUGGUUUUAUGAUGGUUCCUCGGAUCCUAGUAUCCUUUUUCAAAUCCCAGUCGUUCUUCUAUGGGCCCCUAUCUUAAUUAUGAGCGGAGUGUUGCUUUAUCACCUGGUGAUAAGUUACAUACAGGCACGACGGCGUCAUAAGCUUCGGCCUAUUAUAGUCUUCACUAGCACGGGGGAUCCAGUUGCUGUUAUACCUCGACCUCGACCUCGGCCAUCUAACGAUUCAGCAUCGAGGAUUUCCAUCGACUCUUUGAUACAAACCUCUGAAGAGUCCGGUCUACAGGAAGUCCGGGUCCUCUAA